AGGAUCUUCUCCACAGAAGAAGACAGAGCAGACAGCAGAGACCAUGGGGUCUCCCUCAGCCCCUCUUCACAGAUGGUGCAUCCCCUGGCAGACGCUCCUGCUCACAGCCUCACUUCUAACCUUCUGGAACCCGCCCACCACUGCCCAGCUCACUAUUGAAUCCAGGCCGUUCAAUGUCGCAGAGGGGAAGGAGGUUCUUCUACUUGCCCACAAUCUGUCCCAGAAUCUUUUUGGCUACAUCUGGUACAAGGGAGAAAGAGUGGAUGCCAAACGUCGAAUUGUAUCAUAUGGAAUAGGAACUCAUCAAACUACCCCAGGGCCCGCGUACAGCGGUCGAGAGACAAUAGACUCCAAUGCAUCCCUGCUGAUCCAGAACGUCACCCAGAAUGACGCAGGAUUCUAUACCUUACAAGUCAUAAAGGAAAAUCUUGUGAAUGAAGAAGCAACUGGCCAGUUCCGGGUAUACCCGGAGCUGCCCAAGCCCAACAUCACUAUCAACAACUCCAAGCCCAUAGAGGACAAAGGAUGCUGUUUGACCUUAACCUGUGAACCUGAGACUCGGGACACAGCCUACCUGUGGUGGGUAAACAAUCAGAGCCUCCCGGUCAGUCCCAGGCUGGAGCUGUCCAGUGACAACAGGACCCUCACUGUAUUCAAUAUUCCAAGAAAUGACACAACAUCCUACGAAUGUGAAACCCAGAACCCAGUGAGUGUCAGACGCAGCGACCCAGUCACCCUGAAUGUUCUCUGUGAUGGCCCGGAUACGCCCACCAUUUCCCUCUAAGCACCUUACAGGCAGGAAAAUCUGAACCUCUGCCACGCAGCCUCUAACCCAGCUGCAGUCUCUUGGUUUGUCGAUGGGGUGUUCAGCAAUCCCACACAAGAGCUCUUUAUCCCCAACAUCUCUGUGAAUAAUAGCGGAUCCUAUAUGUGCCAAGCCCAUAACUCAGCCACUGGCCUCAGCGGGACCACGGUCACGGCGAUCACAGUCUACGGUAAUUGCCCAAGCCCCUACAUCACCAGCAACAACUCCAACAUAGAGGACAAGGAUGCCAUGAAGGCACUUUGUGAACCUGAGACUCAGGACACAACCUACCUGUGGUGGGUAAACAAUCAAGAGCCUCCCAGAUGGAGUCCCAGGCUGGGGCUGUCAGUACAACAGAACCCUACUGUAUUCAAUAUUCCAAGAAAUGACACAACAUCCUACGAAUGUAGGCAGAACCCAGUGAGUGUCAGCCUAGCCUCACCUGUGACUUUAUUCUCUUGUCCAGAUGGCCCGGAUGCGCCCACCAUUUCCCCUCUAAACACACCUUACAGAGCAGGGGAAAAUCUGAACCUCUCCUGCCACGCAGCCUCUAACCCAGCUGCACAGUACUCUUGGUUUGUCGAUGGGGUGUUCCAGCAAUCCACACAAGAGCUCUUUAUCCCCAACAUCACCAUGGUCAUACGUGGAUCCUAUAUGUGCAAGCCCAUAACUCAGCCACUGGCCUCGUAGGACCACGGUCACGCGAUCACAGUCUCGGUAAGACUUCCCAAGCCCUACAUCACCAGCAACAACUCCAACCCCAUAGAGGACAAGGAUGCUGUGACCUUAACCUGUGAAUCUGUGGCUGAGAACACAACCUACCUGUGGUGGGUAAACAAUCAGAGCCUCUCGGUCAGUCCCAGGCUGCAGCUCUCCAAUGGCAACAGGAUCCUCACUCUACUCAGUGUCACAAGGAAUGACACAGGACCCUAUGAAUGUGGAAUCCAGAACUCAGAGAGUGCAAAACGCAGUGACCCAGUCACCCUGAAUGUCACCUAUGGCCCGGACACCCCCAUCAUAUCCCCCCCAGACUUGUCUUACCGUUCGGGAGCAAACCUCAACCUCUCCUGCCACUCGGACUCUAACCCAUCCCCGCAGUAUUCUUGGCUUAUCAAUGGGACACUGCGGCAACACACACAAGUUCUCUUUAUCUCCAAAAUCACAUCAAACAAUAACGGGGCCUAUGCCUGUUUUGUCUCUAACUUGGCUACUGGUCGCAAUAACUCCAUAGUCAAGAACAUCUCAGUCUCCUCUGCACCUGGAAGUUCUGGUCUCUCAGCUAGGGCUACUGUCAGCAUCAUAAUUGGAAUGCUGGUUGGGGUUGCUCUGAUGUAGCAGCCCUGGUGUAGUUUCUGCAAUUAAGAAAGACUGGUAGGUAUGACAGCCUUUCCUCUUGUUCGGUUUCCUGCAGUGCUGACUGCCAUGCUUGGGAGAGAGAAAGGACUUCUUCGCCUGUAUCUGGGACUGGAUCUCCUCCUCCUACCCCCAAGCUCCUGCUUCUCAGCACUAAUUCCUGCAGGUCUCUUCUUCCCUGGUCUUCAUGCUCCCUGUACCCCACAGGGACAUAAUUAUCCCCAGCCUCUGCUCAUUUGUUUCCCAGAUUCAAUACAUUGUCAAAGCCUUUUGGUCCUUUCUUAACAUCUCUCACUUGUGUCAUUCUCUCCAUUCCCAUAAACCUCGACAACUGCUCAAAGUCCUGCUUGACCCCUUGUUGCCAGUCUUUGAAAUGUUUCUUGCAUAUGACUGCCUCAUUACCUUCCUAAAAUCUAGUUCACUUGCCUACUCAAGAAGACACAGGGACCUACUGUGGUCUAUUAGAUAAGUUCACAUUUCUUCUCUUUACUAAGCUUUCUCGAUUCCUUUACCACCACUUCCUUGUAUAAUUCCGUCAUCCGAAUUAGAUCUGUCUCCCUACAUAUCCCUGCCUCUCCACCCCAUAUGAACACAGAAUUCUUAGUUCCAAUGUUACACCUAAAAACAUGUCAAAUAGGGUGACCUCCUUCCACCAUCUGCACUGUGGAGUUACCCACACCCUUCAUCACAAGC